CCGCUGCGUCCUUCACCUUCAUCGCCUCCGUCGUGCCUACGUGCGGCGAGGAGAGGACGGGACGGGAGGGGAGGGGAGGGGCCGAGUUGGGGAAGGCGAGGGUCGAUAGCGUGAGGGUCACCUGGUGCUAGUUCGGGGGGCAACGGCGUGGUGUGGGAGGAGCGGCGCGUCAUGGAGAGAGGGGACAGCGUCCUGGACGCGGUGCUCGGCGAGGAAACCCUAGACUUCGACGGUGACGACGUCGAGAUGGCCGACGCGGACGAGGCCAUGGAGGAGGAGGAGGCGGAGAGGGACCCUACCAUCGCCGCCGCUGCCGCUGCCGCCCCCGCCCCCGCCACCGGAGGAGAAGGGGGAGGGGGAGCAGGAGACGAUGGCGGCGUGGGGCAGGCGGAGAUGCGCGGGCCGGCGGGGAAGAACAGGAGGAAGAAGAGGAAAUCUGGGAGGAAGAAGAACAAGGGGAGGCCCGAUGGGCCGCCCAAGAUCGCCGACAUUAACCGAUUUGUUAAUGAGACUUGCAAGCGCUUGAAGGAGAAGAAGUCCUACCUUGUUUGGAAUGCUGUUGGCUGCCUUGGUGUUUCUGUUGUGAGUGAUCUUGUUAGAGAGGUUGAGGCCAUCCAGAAGUGUGGAGGGCAGACAAUAGCUGAUGGAAGUCGCUUCCGCACCGGUGGUGGAAUUCUUUGGAACAUCUUGAAGUCACGGGAGCCAAAGGCAUACAAGGAAAUUAUGGCAAAGGGAAGGGAGCUUGAGAAGCAGUUUAGGUAUACAAAAGGCAGACCGCAGACGAGCAGAAAUGAAGAUGCAAGCUCACAGGGCAGUGCACUAAUUGACGAGGAUAUUGAAUCACAUGGUGCAAAGGAAGUAUCAGAUGACCCUGAGCGGUUAGUUGACGCGGAGAAGUCACCACCUGAAACUGAUAGGAAAGUUGAACGCAAACCAUUAUCAGAAAGAAUUCGUGUGCCUGUUGCUUAUGACGAUCUAUUUGAAGAGGGAGAGAUACAUGAAGGUGAUGCGCAAUGAAUGAAUAUUUCGAAGUUCGGGGUUAUCUCCGGAGCCGGAAGCAACAUCAUCCAGUGGAGAGACGGCAUGUGUAUUAAUCUAACAUUUAUAGUGGAGAAAUUUUUUGCCCCAAUUUUGCCUUUGGUUGGGGCAGAAGGCAGCGGGUGAUUUUUUGUUGAGCAGCGAGUUGAAACUAAACUCGAUGUUAAAUGAAAGUUACGGCGGCGGUAUCCGAGUUUGUUUGCAUUUGUAUUUUCUCGCCUUCUGGCCCCUCGCGAGAUAUUUAUCAAGAAAUCCUCUCCUAGAGAAAAUAUCAUGAAAAGAUGAUUAAGAUACUUAAGGCUAAGGCACAAUUCCAGAUUAGUGUAAUCUAGGUUACUUCGGCAGAUUAUUAGGUUUAUUAGCUGAAGUAGGUAAUGCAGGAUGAGCAAUUAAUUUAAAGUAUAAAG